AUGUACGUCUCUAUCCAAGACAGUCCAUCCAUUAAGAACCAGGAAAGUCUGACCGGCAUUGAAGCUACGAAAGUCGGAGCCAUAGUAGGGGGCCAGACUUCCUGCAAGGCCCCUGAACUGGCAGCAUUUGAGAAAUAUCUGCCCAGCGAUGUGGAGAUUAUCUCAUGUCACUCACUCCACGGGCCAAAUGUUAAACCCAAGGGUCAACCUUUGGUUUUAAUUCAACAUCGAGCAUCAGAUGAGAGUCUAAAAUUCGUUGAGAGCAUUUUCGCUUCAUUCCAAUCGAAAUUUGUCCACCUUAGUGGAGAAAUGCAUGAUCGAAUUACUGCAGAUACCCAGGCAGUCACCCAUGCUGCGUUUUUAAGCAUGGGCACCGCAUGGCAUGCAAAUAACCAAUUCCCGUGGGAGGUACCGCGCUAUGUCGGUGGGAUCGAGAACGUGAAGAUCAACAUCACCUUAAGAAUCUAUGCGAACAAAUGGCACGUUUAUGCUGGCCUUGCCAUAUUGAAUCCUGCUGCCAAAAAGCAGAUAAGGCAAUAUGCCGAGUCGGUGACGGAAUUGUAUAAGCUGAUGUUAGGUGGACAUCGUGAGGAGCUGAAGAAACGAGUCAAGACUGCCAGAAAGGCUGUGUUCAAGGGUAGCUCAGCGAACCAUGAUCUAUUGCUCCAAGAUGAAGUCCUAGAUCGGUUUUCGCUAUCGAAGGGGCUGACAGAGAGAAUGCCAAAUAACCACUUGAGUUUACUUGCCAUCGUUGACUGCUGGUGGAAACUAGGUAUCGUGCCUUAUGACCAUAUGAUUUGCUCAACGCCAUUAUUCCGUCUCUGGCUAGGAGUAACCGAGUAUCUGUUUCAAAAGGAAGAGCUCCUUGAUGAGGUGAUUGACGUUGCCAUCAACGACAAUACCUUUAGGUCGGAUGACCUUGAAUUUACCUUUGCGGCACGAGCAUGGUCAGACUGCGUUUCUUUUGGAGAUUUCGAGUCCUACCGCGACAGAUUCGAGAAGAUCCAGUCCUAUUUUGCGCCAAGGUUCCCAGAGGCUGUGCGAGUUGGCAAUGAGAUGAUGAAAACCAUCUUGGAGAAGACGUCAAAGCCAGCUUGA